AUGGCUUUCGCUGCGAGUAGAACCUUAUACCUACUAGGUCUUGAAGGUCAUGCACCUCGAAUCGUCACCAUAACCAACAAAUAUGGACUACCAUACGUUUGUGUCCUUGUUACCCUCGCUCUCGGAUGUUUGUCCUUCAUGGCUUUGGGAAGCGGAAGUGCUACUGUUCUCAGCUGGCUUAUCAACUUGACUGCUGCUACUCAAAUGAUCACCUGGAUCUCCAUCGCAGCCUCCUACCUUCGUUUCAGAGCAGGUAUGAGAGCACAUGGGCUAGGAAACGAAUUCUUGCCUGCCAGAGGAUACUUCCAACCUUGGUCAGCUUGGUGGGCACUGUUCUGGGCUCCAUUCGCUUUGAUCUUUAGUGGACACUACAUCUUCGCUCCUGGAACAUUCACCGUACCAGAUUUUAUGUUCACCUAUGCGGCUGUAUUCAUCUUUAUCGUCCUCUCGAUAGGAUGGAAGAUCAACAUGGUGUUGAGAUACGGUCAAAAAUGGUUUGGCAUCAGAGCUAACGAGAUGGACUUCACAACUGGUGUAGCCGAGAUGGAAGAGAUGAAAGCUAUAGCUGAAGAGAAGUGGAGGACGGAAAAGAAAAGUAGAUUAGAUAAAAGUGUAGAUCAUAUUUUCUAG